AGUUCGAAACGUUCUUACAGUACAUUGAGGAUAUUAAAAAAAUGGCAAUCGAUUUGAAGCAAUUAGACCAACACUUAGCCAAGAACAGCUACGUUGAUGCAUACAAUGUAUCACAAGCUGAUGUCUUCGUCUACAACCAACUCGGUUCAGCUCCUUCAUCAGAAUACCAAAACGUUACCAGAUGGUACAACCACAUUUCAUCAUUCAAGAACGAAUUCGCUACCCUCGGUGGUGGUGCAUUCGCUGCAUCCCUUUACGGUUCAGUUGAAGGCUCAACCGCUCCAGCUGCUGCUGCUGCUGCUGCACCAGCUGCUGAGAAGGCUGACGAUGAUGAAAUUGACCUCUUCGGUUCAGAUGAAGAAGAAGACCCAGAAGCUGAGCGUAUCAAGGCAGAGAGAGUUGCUGCUUACAACGAAAAGAAGUCAAAGAAGCCAAAGGCUGUACAAAAAUCUGUUGUUACAUUCGAUGUUAAGCCAUGGGACAACGAAACUGACAUGAAGCAAUUAGAAGAGAACAUGAGAGCACUCGAAAUUGAUGGUCUUACCUGGGGAUUAUCAAAGUUGGUCCCAGUUGGUUACGGUGUUAACAAAUUACAAGUUACUCUCGUUGUUGAGGAUGACAAGGUUUCAUUGGAAGAACUCCAAGAACAAGUUGAAGCUGAUGAAGACCACGUUCAAUCAACUGACAUUGCUGCUAUGCAAAAGCUUUAAAAAAAUUUUAUUUAAUAUUUUGAAUUCAUAUUUACAUUUUUUUGGUUUAUAUUCUUGAU